AUGUCGGACGGCCCAGUUGCGCCGCCCAAGCCUGCCGUGGUGCUCGAGGCCCACGAGGUCGACACCUUCCACGUGCCCAAGGCAUUCCACGAGAAGCACCCUACCGGAACCCACAUCAAGGACAUGGCCGAGUACCAAAAGCUCUACGAUGAAUCGAUUAAGAGUCCCGACACUUUCUGGGCCCGCAUGGCCCGCGAACUCCUCACCUUCGACAGGGACUUUGAGACCACACACCACGGCUCUUUCGAAAAUGGCGACAACGCCUGGUUCGUCGAGGGUCGUCUGAACGCCUCCUACAACUGCGUGGACCGCCACGCUCUUAAGAACCCCGACAAGGUGGCCAUCAUCUACGAGGCCGACGAGCCCAAUGAGGGCCGCACGAUCACAUACGGUGAGCUCAUGCGCGAGGUCUCCCGCGUCGCGUGGACUCUCAAGGAGCGCGGUGUCAAGAAGGGUGACACCGUCGGAAUCUACCUCCCCAUGAUUCCCGAGGCCGUCAUUGCGUUCCUUGCCUGUUCGCGUAUCGGCGCUGUGCACUCCGUUGUCUUCGCCGGUUUCUCCUCAGACUCUCUCCGUGACCGUGUCCUCGACGCUUCCUCCAAGGUAGUCAUCACCUCUGACGAGGGUAAGCGCGGUGGUAAGGUCAUUGGCACAAAGCGCAUCGUCGACGAGGCCAUGAAGCAGUGCCCUGACGUCACAACGGUUCUCGUCUACAAGCGCACUGGCGCCGAGGUCCCCUGGACCCCGGGCCGUGAUAUCUGGUGGCACGAGGAGGUCGAGAAGUACCCCAACUAUCUCGCCCCCGAGCCCGUCAACUCCGAGGAUCCUCUGUUCCUUCUCUACACCUCUGGCUCCACCGGCAAGCCCAAGGGUGUUAUGCACACCACUGCUGGCUACCUCCUCGGUGCCGCGAUGACCGGAAAAUACGUGUUCGAUAUCCACGACGAUGACCGCUACUUCUGCGGUGGUGAUGUCGGUUGGAUUACCGGACACACUUACGUUGUUUAUGCUCCUCUUCUUUUGGGUUGCGCCACUGUGGUGUUUGAAAGUACCCCCGCGUACCCUAACUUCUCCCGCUACUGGGAUGUCAUCGACAAGUACGAUGUCACCCAGUUCUACGUUGCCCCUACUGCCCUGCGUCUGCUGAAGCGCGCUGGUGGUGAGCACAUCCACCACAAGAUGAAGAGCCUGCGUGUUCUUGGUUCCGUCGGAGAGCCCAUUGCCGCAGAGGUCUGGAAGUGGUACUUCGAGGCCGUCGGAAAGGAAGAAGCUCACGUUUGCGACACAUACUGGCAAACCGAGACCGGUUCAAACGUUAUCACUCCUCUUGGUGGUAUCACCCCCACCAAGCCCGGUAGUGCUUCGUUGCCCUUCUUCGGUAUCGAGCCCGCCAUUAUUGAUCCUGUCUCCGGAGAGGAGAUCCUUGGCAAUGAUGUUGAGGGUGUCCUUGCCUUCAAGCAGCCGUGGCCCAGUAUGGCCCGCACUGUGUGGGGAGCCCACAAGCGUUACAUGGACACUUACCUGAAUGUCUACAAGGGUUACUACUUCACCGGAGAUGGUGCUGGUCGUGACCACGACGGCUACUACUGGAUCCGUGGCCGUGUCGAUGAUGUUGUCAACGUUUCCGGCCAUCGUCUGUCCACCGCCGAGAUUGAGGCUGCCCUCCUCGAGCACCCCAUGGUUGCCGAGGCUGCAGUUGUCGGUAUCGCCGAUGAGCUGACCGGCCAGGCCGUCAACGCCUUCGUUGCCCUCAAGGAUGGCAACGAGACAAAUGACCAGGUUCGCAAGGACCUGUCCAUGCAAGUCCGCAAGUCCAUUGGACCCUUCGCUGCCCCCAAGGCCGUCUUCGUUGUGGAAGACCUCCCCAAGACCCGCAGCGGUAAGAUCAUGCGCCGUAUUUUGCGCAAGAUUCUCAGUGGUGAGGAGGACAGUCUCGGUGAUACCUCGACGCUCUCUGACCCCAGUGUCGUGGACACAAUUAUCGCCACAGUCCACGCCGCCCGCCAGAAGUAA